CUUACCUUCCAAUCAAAAUUCAUGUUCUUGCUUGAUUCUUUUUAUUUACAAAUAAAAUUCCUAAAAGUAUUGUGAAAUUCCAAUUAAAAAUUAUUAUAUCAAUUUAACGUUAAUGUAAUACUUGUCAUUUUAUUAUUCAAAUGCUAUUAAGAACUAUAGGACGACAAAUGGCUUCUAAGUCGGGCGUUGUUAAUUUACAUAAAUAUGCUGCUGGCAGCCAACCCUUCACUGUCCUUAUUGAAGGCAAUAUAGGAAGUGGAAAAACAACAUUCCUAAAUCAUUUUAAUAAGUUCCAAGACGACGUAUGCCUUCUUACCGAACCAGUCGAGAAAUGGAGGAAUUGCAAUGGAGUUAAUUUAUUGGAACUUAUGUAUACUGAACCUCAUCGUUGGGCAAUGCCAUUCCAAAGUUAUGUCACAUUAACCAUGUUACAAAGUCACAUAAUGACAACAGACAAAAAAGUCAAACUAAUGGAACGAUCCCUUUUCAGUGCAAGAUACUGUUUUGUGGAGAAUUUACGUGCUAAUAACACUCUUCACGACGGGAUGUAUCAAAUCCUUGAUGAAUGGUACAAGUUCAUUGAACAAUCCAUCCACAUUCAAGCUGAUCUCAUUGUUUACCUUCGAACAUCACCGGAAAUUGUCUAUGAAAGAAUGAAAAAACGUGCACGCUCCGAAGAAAGUUGUGUCCCACUUAAGUACCUGCAAGAAUUACAUGAACUCCAUGAGAAUUGGUUGAUCAAAGAAAGAGUAGGACCAAAGAUUCCCGUUCUAGUUUUAAAUGGUGAUUUAGAUUUGGAGCACAUUGGUAAUGAAUAUCUUCGUUCGGAAGAGAAAAUAAUCAAUUUCUCUGACGUGGAGCGGCAUCCAAUUCUAGUUUCACCCAGCAAACGACAUAGAAUGUCUUAGAUUAGAUUAUAACUUUUUGUGCAUUUAGUUCUCAUCAAAACAAGAGAUCGACUUUGAUUUGAAUAUCUUAUAUUUAAUUGUUUACUUAAAAAAAUCAUUUAUAACUUUUUUGUACAUUUGUUUUUUAUUAUCGACAUAUUUUAGCAAAAUUUUUAAUUUUCUUAUAUAAUCUCUCUUCUCGUAGUGUUAAAUUAAAAUAGAUAGUUGAUUUCUAUCGGAUGGAUUUUUGACAAUUUUAUUUGUACUUGUACCAUAUUUUUAUGUUUUAUAAUAAUAUACCUACCUUCCUACUUAACCAUUUAAUUUUACAUUAUUUUAAUAUUAUUAUUAUUAUUUUUUG